AUGGGCCAUAAAGAUGUUGGCCAUAAAACCCUCAUUGAUGAAGAAAUGAAAAAUGUCUCAUCCUCAGACGGCGAUACACAAACGACAUAUUCAAUCUCGUGUUUAUCAUCGGGAGUAGCAGAUGCUAUUAGAGAUAUAGAAAAAGCGGGGAAACAAAAGAAACUGAAAGAGGAAGAAAAAGAAGAAGAGUUAAAAUUAGACUUAACCGAUCCUUCCACAAAGCUUACAUGCAACACGAAUAUAAAUAAUGUGACAGAGUAG